CGCUAUUUGGUUGGUUAGGUGUUGUCGUUCUUUUUUGUGAAUAUCGCAAACAAAAUCACAAAAACGGUUAAAUUCAUGUCGACAAUAGAGUAGAACCAAGAGUUAAUAGCUACCUACAAUUAGAUAUAUAGAAUACUAUCUACAAUCGAGAAGUUUGGCGUGGAAAAAGUUAACUUUAGCAAACGAAAACGCAUUUACCAAUUGGUCAAUAAAUUGUGAAAAGUUGUCGUUGUAAAUUCGUACGUCUUUCGGCCAAAAAGUGAAAAUCAAGUGUAGUUAGUGCAAAAAGAAAAAAAAGAGCAACACAGAAGAAAGAGGGUGUAUUAAAUUAAUGGAAUAAAAAAUAAAUAAAGAAGAAACGAAAUUGUGAAGAAAAUAUUUUUAUAGAAAACCGUAGCUAUGUACGUGUGUGUUUAGUAGAAGAACAAGAAACGUUGUUUCAAAGAAACCCAUAAUUAAGAGGAUCUACAAGUGUUCAAAACAACAAAAACCCCAGCUUUUGAUCGUCAUUAUCAUCAACGAACCGGACAGGGGAGGAGUGUAAAUGAACAGGUUUUUGUACACACACGGGAAACCACAAAUCACCAGUUGCUGUCUUGCCAUCAAACGGAGAGCGCGACCAAUCGGAUAAACUCGGACUCGGGCGAAAAACUAAAGCUUGGAAACCAAUUUAUGCACAAAUUCCUCCCAAAGUGAUAGAAAUUAAAAAAAAAACAAAACUUAAAAAUCGCACCGUAACGAACAACAGUGGACAUGCGAAUGGAUUAAAAAACAACUUUAAAACAAUAUUUCAAAAACAAGCCAGGGUUUGGCUUUGAGAUGAAAAAAAGGUGAUCUCUCUGCGCAAAGAAAACAAAGAUCAAAAAGUGCAAUAAACAAGGCUCAAAAUUAACCAAAAGAAAAAAAAAACAAAAACAAAGAAUAACAACAAUUAGAUAUGAAUGAUACGAUGUGUAUAUAAUUUUUUCAUAUUGAGGGGAACACUUGGAGACCAUUGAGCAAAUAGUGUGAGACAAUAGAUAACGAACGACACUUGCAUCGAAAGUUUCCAUUCCCAUUCGCUAGUUUCGUUUGUAACGAAGCUCAAUCGGCCAACCGUACCAUAAUUAUCUCCAACCUGUUGGGAAGACGGAAAUCUUGAAUGGUUUGUUGUGAAAAAGCUGGAAAAACUUUGGAUAAACCAAUAAAACAACGAAAUAACGAACAGUAACAGUGCCACAGCUAAACCUGAUUAGACAGACGGACUGACUAAUGAAUCCCAAAUAAAAACAACAGAUACCUGUGUAUCCCCCUCCCCCCAUUGAUGGAAGACACAAUCUCAAGAUAACCAGACCUGAACCAUUAAACAUAAAUUAAAACAUUUCUCCUGCACCAUCGUCGUGACAUUACCUGCACUCAAGCAGCCACCUGUUGAACUGACUGUUUACUUGGCUUCAAUCAGCAGACCAGUCAAACCCAUCCAUUCUACUUCUGUAGUGCGUGCAACAAGUGAGCAGUGCAAAUGUAAAUAAUGUCAAUAUUACUCAACGUACCAAAUUCCUAAGUUGGUACAAAUUAUUAGUACAAAUUAAGUUAAAUUCCAAUUGAGACCAACUACUCAACAAAAAAAAACUCCAAAUGAUUUGCAAUCAUUGUCUCUUUACACCACAACAUCAACAUCAGCAACAGCCUCAUAACUGCAGCGUUCAAGACGCCAUCAUCAUCACUUUAAACUGAAUUGAAUUUUAGCUGUAUCUAAAGUUUAGACACUUGGUUUGGCCUGUUUUGGUAUUGCAAUUUUUCAAAAUUUUGAAAUUUGCAUAAGAAUCGAAGAAAACCGAACAGAAGAGAAUCUAAGGAAAAAUGCAGGUUCCCGAACAUGUUGUGUCAUUCUAUGUGGCAACCUGCGGACAAAAUGGACCCGGUUUGGGUUCCGAUGAAAAAGAAAUCAUAUUGCUGGUCUAUGUGAUUUUGGAAGCGGCAACAGGACAGAUAAUUGGAACCAAACAGAUAUUAGUGCGUCCCGAUGGCACUUUUGUCAAAGAUCGCACCACCUCAACAUCAUCGGAUGCAUCACACACAGCAUCUUCGCCACCAUUGGCCAUCACAUCAUUUCAGGAUUCCGGCAACAACAGCAGUUGUAGCAGCAGCAAUCUCCUGAACUCGACUAGCAACAGUAUCAACAGUUCGCUAAACAUCACAAAUAACAGCUCAACGCCAACAUCGCCAAAUACAUCCAUUAGCAAUUGUACCAUAUCAAGUAGCAAUAACAACAUCAACACUUCCACUAACAACAAUUCCAAUAAUGCGGCCACAAUCACAAACAACAACAACAACAAUACAAUUAUCAAUAACAACAAUAUCACAAAUGGUCCGAACUCUGUGACAAAUGAUUUCAUCGAACAAUUACCCAUAGCCGUUGCACAGGCUGCUGGCAAGCCACUUCAAGAAGCUAUAGAUGAGUUUGAUGAAUACCUACGAUCUUUGUCAUUACUCGAUACGGACUUCAAAAUCAUCACCGAUGGCCAAAUGCCCCUGCGUCAGUGUUUGCAUCGUGAGGCCUGCGUCAAAGAUAUUGAACUGCCCCCCUACUAUAAUAAAUUCAGUGAUCUUCGGAAAGAGUACUCGAUCUUCAAGUCGGGAGACUUGUCCCGGGCCCUGGUGCCGGUCAAAGAUGUCAAGAAAAUGCUACAAAUGCCGAUGGUACCACCCGCUCAAAGCAUUACAGAAAUUAUCAAUGAACUCAACAUCACUACCAUUGAUGAUACGGAUUUUUAUAUCCGUGAAUCUCGUGAUAUGGUCUCAGCAAUCCAACAUUUGCUUAAAGCAGGUCAUAAAUUUAAUGCAAAUGAAACUGUUAGUUUAGUGUUAGAACCAGGAAUUUGCUCUAUUGACGAUGAAAUCGACGGCAAUUGCAUUGUGAGAGCCCGAGGUUUACCCUGGCAAAGUAGUGACCAGGACAUAGCGAAAUUCUUCCGUGGUCUCAACGUCGCCAAAGGCGGCGUAGCUUUGUGCCUAUCUCCACUAGGCCGUCGCAACGGCGAGGCUUUGAUACGCUUCGUUUCGCAGGAACAUCGCGACAUGGCUUUGAAACGUCACAAACACCACAUAGGCAAUCGUUACAUUGAGGUGUAUCGAGCCACCGGCGAAGAUUUUCUAUCAGUAGCUGGAGGAGCUUCAAACGAAGCUCAAGCUUUUCUAUCCAAAGGAGCGCAGGUCAUAAUACGCAUGCGUGGACUGCCUUAUGAUUGCACAGCCAAACAGGUGUUGGACUUUUUUACCACUGGCGAUAGCCCCUGCAAUGUCUUGGACAAUAACGAGGGUGUUUUGUUUGUCAAAAAACCCGAUGGCCGUGCGACUGGUGAUGCCUUUGUUUUAUUUGCCAAUGAGAGUGAUGCGCCCAAGGCAUUGUCACGCCAUCGAGAAUCAAUUGGACAACGCUAUAUCGAAUUGUUCCGCUCGACAACGGCGGAGGUGCAGCAGGUACUGAACCGCUCUUUGGAUCCCAAAACCUAUGAGCCAAAUCAUCAGCCACCAUUGAUAGCGCAAUUACCACCCAUGCAACUGUCAUUGUUGCCACAGCAUCUCAUUACAUCGGGAACCACCAAGAAUUGCAUACGCUUACGUGGUUUACCUUACGAAGCUUUGGUGGAGCACAUUCUGCAUUUCCUUGAUGACUUUGCCAAACACAUCAUCUUCCAAGGCGUCCACAUGGUGAUAAAUGCCCAGGGCCAGCCCAGCGGUGAGGCUUUUAUUCAGAUGGACUCUGAAGACUCAGCUCGCCUUUGUGCUCAACGCAAGCACCACCAAUUUAUGGUGUUUGGCAAGAAAUAUCGCUACAUUGAAGUCUUCCAGUGUUCAGGCGAUGACAUGAAUAUGGUCCUGAAUGGUGGCCUACAAUCGCCGGUGCCUGCAGCUCAUCCACAUCCCCAUAUGGCGGGAAGCAAACAAGCAUCACUACUUUCACCGGGUAUGUUAGCACAACAACCGCCGGCCAACGCACAAGCUAUUAGUCCCCAUACGCAUGCUCACUCUCAUGUACAUGCUCACUCCCACGCCCACGCCCAUGCCCAUGCUCAUGCCUUGCAAUCACCGCCCUCAGUAGCUGCUGCGGUGGCUGCAUUAGCACCACCACCACCCACUCAUGUCUCUGUGCAGGCGGCCGCUCAGCCGGUGGCAGUAGCCGCUGCCGGAGGUGGUAUAUCGCCCUAUAUGACGACAGCUAGUCCAGCUACCCACUCAAGUGUUCAUCACUCAUCUUUGGCCGCCCAUUCAGCGGCUGCAGCGGCGGCAGCCGCCCAAAAUGCAGCAGCCGCAGUGGGACCUUUACCUUCACCCUCUAAUCAAUUGGCCGUGCAUACGGCCACUGCUUCGGCCGUUAGUCCCCAGGCCGCCAUGACAUUUCCCUUUAACUUGUCCUUGCCCCCACCCCAAUCGGCAGCCACCGCUGCCCACAAUUCCGCCUUGAUAGCUCAGCAACAAGCUCAAUUUAUUGCUCAACACAAUCUUAUGGCCCGUCAGCAGGCUGCUGCCGCUACAGCAGCAGCGGCCGAACACCAUCAUCAACAGCAGUUGUACACGAAUGUGAAUCCCCUAUUUAUGCAGCAUCCGGGGGCUGCGGCAGCUGCAGCGGCAAUGGGUGGCCCAGGCUCUAGCGCUCACAAUGCUGCCGCUGCGGCAGCGGUUGCUGCUGGCCAGCCCCAAUUUGUGUUUAUGCCACGUCCCUACUUUCAGACCUUUCCCCUAGGCUAUAUGCCAGCCCAACAAGGCUAUCAGUUUGCUGGCAUGAUGUCACCUCAAGCAGCAUCAGCCACAGCCACCAGUGGCAUGCAUGCAGCUGCAGCAGCAGCAGCGGCAGCCAAUGCUGCGGCAGCCGCCACAUUGCCACAUUCCAUGAAGCGUUCGUACGAUAAUGCCUUCCAGCAUGAUGCCAAUGCGGCAGCAAGUGCUGCAAAACGAGCUUUGACCAGACCACCACCGGGUAACAUUUAUCACUUCUAUAACUCAGGAGUAUAGAGGCAAGAAGUGCAGGUCGAAGAGUAGGGCCAAUGCAAGUUGGGAUCAACUUGGCAUCAACUACUAGUUGAAAAGAUAUGGGCCAUGUCAUCUACUUCUUCAUAAGACCCAUUGGUUAGGCCCACCUUCUAGCAACCUUAUCGAAUAUAUUCCCUGCACUACUUCGAGUGUAUGUACCCUAAACCUUGAACUGCCAAGCAGUUUAUCUAAAUGUAAUUUUUUAAGUAAAUUUUCUUUUUGAGAAUUUCAAUUCAACUCCAUAACUUUGCUCAAGACAUUCCUUUAGAUCUUAACAACCUAUAACGUAAGUGCUUCCAUGAAUGUUUUUCUAAGUCUUCAGCCUGAGGAUGAAAGAAAAACGCUAAACAAAACACAAUUAAGAAAAAAAAAAACAAAAACAUUUGCCUUAGCCAGCAAAGAGGGCGGUUACGAUUGCAAUAUUUCGAAAUUAUUUAUAAAACAAUUUUUAUAUUUGAUCAUGAAUCCUCAAAAAAACAAAAAAAAAAAAAAAAACAUUCAUUAUGCUCCCUUGACCCAUUUUUACCAUUUAAUCCAUGGGUUAACUUUUGUUGUUUUUUUACUGAGAAACAAAAACUAUUUUUAGCUUAGAUUUAAGUUUGAAAUUUUUUCCAUUUGAAUUAAUUUAGCUUAGAAUUUUCCCUAGAGUUAAGUAAAACACAAAAUCAUUAGAAAUUUUCUUCAGAGAAGAAAAAUUUACAAUAGAAAACAAACAAAUGGAAACAUAAUGCAUUUUGCACAAAUUAAUCUAUUAUUAAUCAUUUUUUGUUGUUUUCAAAAAGUCCGGCAAUGUUGUGAGAAUGAAAGCUAACCCUAAAUGCGAGUGUUUCUAAACCGAACUUGUGUGGCAGCUUAGAAAAAUAGAGAAACAUGUGAUUUUGGGGUUAUUCGAAUGGUUUUCAAAAUAUAUAUCGAAAGAGGCUAACGUUAAUCGAACACUGUUUAAUGACUUAAGCAAAUAACAAAAAAAGAUGAUAAUAAAAUGGUCUGCUUAGGCAAGACCUUAUAACAAAUUGGCAACUAUUUCCCUCCAUUAAACAUACCUAUAAAAAUACAAAAAAAAACCAACCUCCAAGUGCAAUUUCAAAAGUGUUUUUUAAAAAUACUUUGCCUUUAAACAAAAGAUUUUAAUCUUUAUUUCGAAAAUUAAACCGUGUUCGAUUAACGUCUGGUGUUGGCUUAAAUUUAAAACAAAAACAAAACAUUUGGUUGUGCAUAGAAAAAAUAAAUUGGAUUUGAAAAUGUUUUGGUCAUUUAGCAAAACAAAAAAAAACACAUUCUUGGCCUUACAUCAUGCAAAACUUUCAUAAAUUAAAAACAAAAAAGAUUAUGUUGAAAUUUUACCAUAGAAAAGGGAAGAAUAAUUGUAAAAAUUUCAUAAGAAACAAAACCACAAAAUGUCACCUUAGUUUGGUUUCCUUUUUAUUUAUCAUGAUUGUUUGUUUUAUUUUUUUUUUUCUAUACAUUUAUUUAAAAAACAAAACAAAAAACUAGUUUUAAUCAUUUUAAUUGUUUAAUUCAAUUUGCCUUAGCUUUACGCAAACAACAACAAACAAAGCAUUUCUUCAUAUGUGUGUUGUUGCUUUAUAUCUAUCGUUUGUUGAGGUUAAUCUUUAUUGAAAACCUUUCCUGUGUGUGUCUAUUCUAUGCUCUUCUUUCCUCAUAAUUUUCUAAUUUAUUUUUGAUUCUAGCACGUCUACAAAUGACAUCUACUUAACAAUUCUUAAUUUUUUUUCUAAAAGAAAAACUUUAUUCAAAAUUCAUAUAGCUGCCCAAUGUUGCCUUGAAGAACUUGUUUUGAGGUUUAGAAAAUGCCCCGCCUCGGAAGUGGAACACUGUUAUGAAAAUUCCUUUAGAUUCUGGCUAUAUUAAGCUUUACUUAAUUCAAUUCUUAGGCUAAGUUUUUAUACCCUCAACCAUAGGAUGGGGGUAUACUAGCUUCGUCAUUCUGUUUGUAACACCUCGAAAUAUGCGUCUGAGACCCCAUAAAUUAUAUAUAUUCUUGAUCGUCAUGUCAUUUUAAGUCGAUCUAGGUAUGUCCGUCGGUCUGUCCGUCCGUCCGUCUGUCCAUCCGUCCGCCCGUCUGUCUGUCGAAAGCACGCUAACUUUCGUGGGAGUAAAUCUAGCUGGUUGAAAUUUCGCACAAAUACUUUUUAAUAGUGAAGGUCGAUUUUGAUUUUAAAUGGGCCAAAUCGGCCCAUGGUUUGAUAUAGUUGCCAUAAAAACCGAUCUUGGGUCUUGACUUGUUGAGCCUCUAGAGGUCGCAAUUCUCGUCCGAUUUGACUCAAAUUUUGGAUAUGAUGGUUUGGUAUCACUUCCAAUAACUGUGUUAAAUAUGAUUUAAAUCGGUUCAUAAUUUGGUAUAGCUGUCAUAUAAACCGAUCUGGGAUCUUGAUUUCUUGAGCCUCUAGAGGGCGCUAUUCUCAUCCGAUUUGACUGAAAAUUUGCAUGAGGUGUUUUGUUAUGACAUCCAAUAACUUCCAAUAGCUGUCAUAUAAACCGAUCUGGGAUCUUGACUUCUUAAGCCUCUAGAUGGCGUCAAAUUCCUUGAGAAUGUAGAAACUUAAAAAUUUUCCGAAUUAUUUGAAAUCUGCUACGUAGAGCAUAUUCUUCUGCUUUUGCCACUAUGUUAAAGCCGUCAUCUAUCAUUAUCUCAGAUUGAGUUCUUCAAACUAAUCCAGAAAAAAAUACUGCGUAAGGUUAGGUUAAAAAGAGGAUGCGGAUAUUAAUCCACCCCAUGACACUAUAGACAUGUACCUGAGCCAGUCAGACCCACACGACUCAGACCUAGAUCCCUGUGGACGGACCCCAUCUUAGUCGCAGAGUUCCUGGGUCUUGACACUUAACAGAAUCAAGCAGACGAAAGAUAGAACACAACCAACUGCUACAACAACAGCAACCUAAGCCAGUGAUCGGCCGCAAAUACUAAAAAGUAACCUCGAACCUCUAAAUCAGGAAUUCCGUGUAACUUCUUACCACCUUUCCCACCUGCCCAAUGCAUGCUAUCACCGUUAAGAUACCGAGAGCUAUACUGAUCUCUUUCUUACUUCCAUUUAGGAACAGUCUCGUCUUCUCAUGAUCUGGAUUUUGCAUUGGAUUUUCGUCGUUCUACCUACCGUUUCUCUGUUCCCCAGGGUAUUAACUCGGACUGCGUCGCAUCGAAAGGCUUCGCAUUCACCAAGUUCACUGAUGGCAGUUGUCUGGUCUAUAUGGCAAAUUCGUCUGCUUCUUCGUUCCCCCAUACUUCGCUGUUACCCGGCACCCAAAUGAUACGGAUUAUGCCUUGCCGUCCUGGCUGUUAUUGUUCUAAUGUCCAGUUUACUGUUCGUAAUUAAGUGUAAACUCAACGUUCUCACAUUCCGCGAUUUCCCGAAUCUCCCUCCGCAGGAUCGUAUUUCCUGCAUAAAGGCCCCUGUCAUGGAAUGCAAUCGUCAAUAUCUAUCGACCGUCCCGAUAUUGAACAGUCAGAUGCUCUUGGUGUGCCAAAACACCAUUAUAAUUUGAUGUCCGUUGUUCAAAUCAUUCCCUUGAAGUGUCAAAAGAAGCAUUUAAGUGUUUCGGCCUUCUCAGGCUGCUUAAUGGUUUCUUGCUUCUUUUUUAAUGAGCUAAUUACAUUAUGCCGAAAAAAGUAUCAUUCGAGAUACUAUACCGUGUGAAAAGGGUAGGGAUUAAGAUAGUAGAGUGCCUAACUCUACGGUUUCAGUACUACCUAAUCCCUAGAAAAUCAUGCACCAUAUCUAAGAUAAUAUAGUUUCCGUUAUCUUUGCCGUUAGUCUCAAGACAUUAAUCGCAGCAUAUGUUGUACCAAUGAUGCCUAGAGUUAUUAUUCGCGAAUUUCUAUUUAGUGCCUCAGAACAUGUCUUUUGUUCGUUUGGAUCCUUUAGUUUUUUUUAGAUAGUGAUCAUCGUGUCUGGCUACAUUAGUCGAAAUGUCGUUAGAAAUUUUGGAUUAUGAAGCUGAUGGAUUCAAAGCCAAAACUUUCCAACAUAGAGGAGGUGUUCGUAUCGAUAGGUGUGUUGAUUUUUUCAUUAUAUGGGUUUAGUAGUUGAUCCUUCACUCAUUCUUCAUUCUUAGCUUAAUCUCGUCGCAAGUUUUCUUUGCAACAUUGGGCAAAUGCAAGUUACUUAAACAUCCAGUCAGAUUGUACUUAAAUCGUUUUUCGUAAUACUUAACCUUUUACAAUGUAUCAUUAAUACCUUGCAUACAUACUAGAAUACAUACAUUUUUGGUAUAUGAUUGCAUUUAUUUUUAAUUUAAAUAAAUAUUGUGCGUUUAUACAAAUCUACUGUGGUGUUAGUUGCAAAAGCGUCCUUAAUUUAAUACGAAUUUAUCUAUAGAGGGAACAUAAUUUGGUUAUAAAUAUUUAUGGUAUUGUGUAUUUUUUAAAUGUUUGUUUCGUCAUCACUAAUCCAUGUACACUUUAGUUUAUAGCCGUAAUAUAGCUUGUGUCCAGUUUCUGGUCUAUUUUUUAUGUGCUCUCUCUCUCUCUCUAUUGCUGGGAUCAAAGUGCUAAGCGGUUCAUUACUUGAAUAAAUCGGAUAUAUGGUCGCGCAAUGAUUUUCACUCUGA